CUCCAAAACCUUCAGCCCCACGCUAUGGCCCUCGCACUGCGCCUCCGUCGGGUCCUCGCGGCGGCCUCCACCGCGGCACCCCUGCUCCGCCCGUCCACCUCGGUCGCCCGGCCUUGCCCGCUCGUUCCCCUCGCCUCCCCGGUCGCGCCGCUCCCGCUGCCGCCGUGGCGAUUCCUGCCCGGCGGCGGCGCCGGGUUCAGGUCCACGGCGGCGGCGGCUGCGCGGGGCGGGACCGACUAUGGGACGGACGACAGCAAGAUCUCCCCCGACGAGAUCCUCUUCGAGGGCUGCGACUACAACCACUGGCUCAUCACCAUGGACUUCCCGGACCCCAAGCCGUCGCGCGAAGAGAUGAUCGAGACAUACCUCCAGACUCUCGCCAAGGUCGUCGGGAGUUAUGAGGAGGCCAAGAAGAGGAUGUAUGCUUUUAGUACGACGACUUAUGUUGGUUUUCAGGCUGUAAUGACCGAGGAAAUGUCAGAAAAAUUUCGCGGUUUGCCUGGAGUAGUUUUCAUUUUGCCUGAUUCAUAUCUAUAUCCAGAAACAAAGGAGUACGGAGGAGACAAAUAUGACAAUGGUGUCAUCACUCCAAGACCACCACCUGUUCAUUAUAGCAGACCAUCAAGAACUGACAGGAACCGUAACUACCGAGGAAACUACCAGGAUGGCCCUCCACAGCAAGGAAAUUACCAGAACAACCGUCCUCCACCAGAAGGUGGUUACCAGAACAACCCGCCGCAGCAAGGAAACUACCAGACAUACCGCUCGCAGCAAGAUGGAAGAGGCUAUGCCCCACAGCAGAAUUAUGCACAAGGUGGUCAGGAUGGUAGAGGUUUUGGAAGGAAUGAUUACACAGACCGUUCAGGCUACAAUGGACCACCUGAUUUUCGAAGUCAAACUCAGUACCAAGGGCAUGUAAAUCCAGCUGGGCAAGGUCAAGGUUACAACAACCCCCAAGAGCGUAGCAACUUCUCGCAAGGGCAGGGAGGAGGUUUUAGGCCUGGUGGUCCUUCAGCACCUGGGUCUUAUGGCCAACCAUCAGCACCUGGAUCUUAUGGUCAACCUAAUACACUUGGUAACUAUGGGCAGGUACCUCCAUCAGUGAAUCCUGGUGGUAACAGAGUUCCUGGUGUGAAUCCUAGUUAUGGUGGGGAUGGCAGACAGGGGGCUGGACCAGCAUAUGGUGGAGAUAACUGGCAAAGAGGUUCUGGUCAGUAUCCUAGCCCAGGUGAAGGACAAGGAAACUGGCAGGGAAGGCAGUAAGAGCUGACGUGUUCCACUGAAGACAAGAAUGGCACUUGAGAUUUAGAAAUCUCCAUCUGUAAAAUAAACGACUGUGAUGCAUUACUCUUUUUUUUUUCUUGCAUUUGAACUCUAAACUUAUGGGCAUGCGUUAUUACCAAACCUACGGAUGCAAAUUCAUUUUAGUUUUUUGGGCCAAAUGUUGGCAUUUUU